AUGGACACGGCGCGCACGCCGAAGCGUAGGCGCCGAUGGCCCAAUUCCAGUACGUCUAAACGUGCCAGGAAAAGGACGUCAACUUCUUCAUCGAUUGAUCGCACACCAGUGUCAGGAGGCAAAGAGUCUAAAAUCGUAUGGAAGGAUUCACCAGCGGACAAGCAAAUCAAAGUGUCGGGUACUGGAAAGAUGGCGGUGCGGAGAGAAAUGCAGGGUUUCGUGGGACGGCUGGCACGUGCUAGUCAGCAGUCGCCCCCCUCUCACAGCAAAGAUGACGAGAAUCAGAGUCAAGAGCGUGGCCACACGCACCGGAAGACAGUACAGUUGGGAGAGAAAAAAGCUGAAAAUUUGAAGAAUAUCAUUUCGAAAACUGGUGACGUAAGAGAGAGGACGUCGAGUUUUACUCAGGACGAGCUAUUUGAUGUGUUAGAUCAGAUGGAAGAAAAAUAUGCGAGUCCUGAUGGAGUGGCCUCAAGGCUCUCGUUGCGAGUAAAAAUGCCGCAAGAUCAGCAUUCCCAGCAGGCUUUAAAAACUGCAGAAGCUUUAGAUUUGACACAGAACGGGAACUUGAUGUCGACAUUGUCUUCUAGCAAUUCAUCUACAGGGACGUUGUCACCACGCUCAUUGCGAACGCAGGAGGCAAGUAAGACACAGGAACGACCCAGAAAUCAGGAGGUUGUCAAAGCUUUGAUAUCGAUUAACGAAGAAGAACCAGUUAGCAAAAAGAAAGUAUUUGUGAUUGAUUCGGAUCCGUUUGAUGACUUGACGGACGAGUCGUGGGCAUUAUUGGAUCAGCUGCAGAGCCAGAGAGCACAAACUGAAGCGAAUAUAGUACUUCCACAGUCAAAGACGGAGAUUGUGUCACCGCAGAACCUUGCACUAACUCCGCGACCGAUGCCGUCGGCUGCGCAUAAAAUGAUGAAGAAGACGCUUUCGCCAGUGCCUUUUCUUAAUGAUGCCGUAUCAGAGGUGCGAUCGCAAGAAGGGAUUACUUCAGCUCUUCAACUAGUUGAGCCCGAAAGUUACAAACGCUUUCUAGUGCUUGAGGUGGAUCGUAAAGAUGAAAAUCGCUCACUUCUUUUGCGUCUACUAGAUGACCAGGAUGUGCAGAAUGAGGCAAUAUUGAGAGACGACUGGUAUGACUCAAUCAUUGACGCGGGCGAUACGAUCAACAUUGUCUUUACUGAGCAGGACAAGGAUGGUUUUUAUUCGCAGGACGGAAUCGGAAUGCCAGUAGAUAGUCAGCAAAUUUUGGUUGAUAAUGCACACAAUAUCGUGGUUGUACAUCCAGACAUUCUGGUUUCACCCACUAGGGUAACGACAAGUUUUGGGUGCUUGCGACGAGCAGUUCUUCAGGAAACCCUAGCUGUAAGUCGUCCAACGAACAAGAAGGCUUUUUGGGGUACAUUGAAACAUGAACUCUUUGAGUUUGCACUUCUUCAUGGCUUGGAUAGUUCUGAGAGUUUUCUUGAAGCAGCAAAACGAAUUAUAACCUCAAAUAUUCUAGGUCUCGUGGAGUGUGAAGUAAAUGAAGAGGAUGCUCUUUUGGAGUUGAAGAAGGUGAUCGAGGAAUUUCGAUCUUGGAUUAGCGCCGCUAUUGUCGGAUCUGGAACCCCGUUAAACGUAGAUUCGUCGAAUAAUCGAACAAAGGUGCAUGUAGAUCGAGUGAUAUCGACAGAAGAAAUGGUGUGGUCCAUUAAGUGGGGACUAAAGGGUGCAACAGAUGCGUCGGUUGAGGGAACAAUCCUUGUGUCGGGGUCUUGUGAACGUCAAGAAAAGACAGUUUUUCCAGUUGAGCUUAAAACGGGGAUCAAGACAACUAUGGGAGAUCACCAAGGUCAAGUACUUCUCUAUACACUUUUACUUAACGAGCGGUAUCGGCAACGGUGUCAGGAUGGGCUACUCAUCUAUGUGCCACCCAUACAGACGAACCGUAUUGCAGCAGUUACUACUCAUGUUCGUGGACUCAUCAUGACUCGCAACCAUUUUGCUAGUGCCGUUGCUCGAGUCAAGUCCAUUGGAGGCUCAUCAUCUACUCAGGUUUAUCCAUCCAUGAUACGCAACCGCCGAGAUUGCGAGCGUUGUUUUCAAAUUGACGAAUGCGUUUUGCAUCACGCAGCAACAGAAAAUGGCACAGAGAAAUCUAGUGGUCUUGACGAUCUCUUCACUUUAAAGACGCAGCAUCUUGGUGAAGAAGAUUUAAAUUAUUUUAAGCAGUGGAUUCGCCUUAUCGAAUUAGAGCAGCAACAUGCUGAAAAGAACUUACGCUCUCUUUGGCUUCAAAUUGGAUGGAAACGUGAGCAAGCACACGCGAGUAGUACGUGCCUUGCUCAUCUCAAAUUAGUAUCUGAUACACCUGCACCUUCAAAUUCUGGAGGGAAACGAAUAUUGCGUUUCGUGCGCGAUCGGCGAAAGCGAUGCGAUACUGGUCCGAGGAACAACAGUAAGUUAAGUACACAGCUUCAGCCAACAUCGUUUGCAGGCGUGCACUUCAGAGCGGAUGAACGUGUCAUCCUAUCGGUUGAAUCGCUGGACGGAAAAAGGAUGCUACUUCAUGUUUCUCGUGCUACGGUUCGCCAGGUUGAGCAUGGACUUAUAACAAUCGAAUCGCGUCAAAAUAUCCCGUCCAUAGUAAAGAGUGGCCAUUCUGUGGUCGGAAAGGAAUAUACAUGGAGACUAGACAAAGAUACCAUAUUAAGUGGGUUGCAACGUGCAAAGGAAAAUCUUGUGCGCCUGUUUAUUGGAAUUCCUCCUGAGGCCAUUACAUCAGGAACAAACGUAGCGAAGCGACCGGAAUUACAGGUGCGGUUGGCGUCAGCGAUACAGCUAAAUAGUCAUGAUAAUGACGAAGACAGCGCAUCUGGUGCAGGUGACUCGAGACGAAGAAAUUUGAUUAUUCACCUUACUCGGCCACAAUUUAAAGUGAGUCGAAUAACAGACCUCAUCACGCAGCGUUGUCAAGACUCUUCUACGAAUCUACCAAGCAUUAGCGUAGCAGCACAUGGCCAAUUGCUGUUGGAUGCGUUUUAUGCAUUAAACAUUGACCAGCAGCAGGCCGUUCAGCGUGUGUUGAAUUCACUCGAUUAUGCAUUGAUACUUGGAAUGCCGGGAACAGGCAAGACCGCGACAAUUGCGUUUACCGUUCGAGUGCUGCUGUUUCUUGGGUUUUCAGUCCUCGUAACGAGCUACACGCAUUCCGCAGUGGACAAUUUGCUACUAAAGCUGCUUGCAUAUGAACUUCCCAUACUUCGUAUUGGCGACAGUGCACAAGUGCAUCCUAAAAUUGCUGCCUUCACACUCACUCGGCAAGCUGAACAAGAAAAAAUUGUGAGUGUUCGGGCCAUGGAAUCCAAGAUGAUGAAUGCUCAGCUGGUGGGAUGUACCUGCUUAAGUGUGAACAGUCACGUGCUCUUUGCAAAGCGUCGAUUUGAUUUUUGUAUUGUCGACGAGGCUACCCAAAUUACACAGCCUAUUGUUCUGGGUCCUUUACGUUGUGCAGAUACAUUUGUACUCGUAGGAGACCACUAUCAGCUUCCGCCACUUGUAGCAAACGCUCAAGCUCGUAAAGAAGGUAUGGAUGUGAGUUUAUUUCGAAAAUUGGCUGAGGCUCAUCCAGAAGCAACUCAACAAUUAUCGUAUCAAUAUCGAAUGAAUCGAGACAUUAUGUUGUUGGCAAAUCGACUGGUGUACGGCGACAAGCUUAAAUGUGGUUCGUAUAAAGUUGCUUCGAACCAUCUUACAUUACGAUGGCAACAGCGAGAUAUAUCUGGACUGAAGUAUAUGUGGCCGAUGCAAAUACUGUCGAACAAUCGAGGUGUUGUGUUCUUGGAUACAGACGCAAUGGGUGAAGUAACAAAAGAAAGCUCUAGCGCUGUACAGCUUCGGCCCAAUAGUCGCCGACGUAUGGAAAAUAUUGUUGAAUCACAAAUUAUUGCUGGGUUGGUGGAACUUUUAGUGCUAGGGUGUGUCCCACCUGACGAAAUCGCCGUAAUCUCUCCAUUUCGUUCUCAAGUAGCGUUGAUUCAGCAACAUUUGAAGACGGUUUGUUCAUUUCAGCGAGCCAAUAGACAUGACUUGGUGCACUCUAUUGAAGUGAGCACCAUUGAUAAAUAUCAGGGUAAGGACAAAAGCGUAAUUUUGGUAUCUUUUGUUCGAAGUAAUGAAGAAAAGCAUGUGGGCGAAUUGCUUACCGAUUGGCGUCGUAUCAAUGUGGCUCUAACGCGUGCUAAGCAGAAGCUUAUUUUAGUUGGAUCGAAGUCAACACUUAGUGGUGGGAGUGCCCUGUUUCACGUUUUGUCAAAGGUUAUACAAGAACAACAAUGGGGAUACAAAUUACCUCGUGACGCAAUUCAAAUUCUUAAAACGGUACUAGGAAGUUUCGCGGCUGUCGAACCUGAGUCUGAACGAGACACUAGUCCUGAAUCGAAAUUAGGUGAUAAUGUGGAAUGUUCAAUACUUAAACGCUCUGCUGCUAAUGGUAACGACGAUAUUGAAGCGCUUGUUCCUGAUAUCUCAAGUGUUUCCCAUCGGUCUAGACAGCGAACUCGCUCAUCACAGAUGAAACCCAUUUUGCGUGACAUUUUUGGGGAGAUGUGA